AUGGCAGAUGUGACGCUCUGCGUGGCAACCACGCCCUCCACGACACCCUCAACGCCCCACGACGCCCACGCGCACAUGUCGCCCACGCCGACAGGCGCAGGCAAUUGCACACCCGAUGGGUCAUGCCCAAAGCCCAUCACGACUGUCGCACCCGAGAGACACGAAGAUGAUGGGCUGAUGUGUAGGACAGAGGCCGCUUCGGCCGUGGUCAUGGCUGCCCUCAAUGAGCUCACUGCCAAGCAUCCAAGCGACUGGACAGAUGAACACAAUGCCUGCGCACUCGUUUGCCAAACUAUCAUGUGCCGAAUCAAAGACGCCCUCGCUGUCAUCAACAACAAACGAGAACAAGACCAGGCAGCUCAGGCCUGCAACCCCACUGGCAGAGGAUCACAAUACAUCUCGCACGAUGACCAUCGUUCGCCCGCUCCAGCUGACGAUAAUCACGAAGAGCCGCUGGAAGAUCUUGACGAGCGCGGCGUGGUCGCACAGACCGAGGUCACUCUCGAGGCUCUAUCGGCGCCUCUCAAGACUACCCGUCUUCCUGCAAGCCGACGACCGAUUGCCUCGAUCCAGGCGGCCGCGCCCGCAUCAGUGUGCAACACCCAACGGCGCACUACAUCCACGACCGACGCAAGCUGCAGUCCAAACGCUGAUCCCCAGGGCGACGAGGCCCAAGAGCCGAAUCGAGUUGCGCCAUUGGUGCCCGCCGUUGUGGACAGAGGCCACGAGCCAGCAUCGCACAGCCGCACUGCACUCCCGACAGCGCCAGGCCAACGAAGCAUUCCGCAGAUCAAAUCUGGACAGCAGAAACGAAGCCACCAGGUCGACAUUCCCGGCACGCAUCUGUCGGAAGAUCACGUCGUCAGCAGCACCGACAAUAGCGACGGCACGGAUGAUAGCGAGCACGCUGAUCAGAUAUCCACCCCACCGACCAGUCCUGGUGAAAGCGCCGUCGGCCGUCGUGAAAACGGACAGGACGGUGAUACCACGGGGUUCGAAGCUGGCAAUGAUGGCUGCAAUCCCAGAAAAGAAGGCGACGCCAAUGAGCCAGGGAGCGCCAGCGAACAGAGUGUCGAUGCAACAAACCUGGCAAACCAGGCUGCCAACCCAUCAACGGGCGCUGCCAUUCAUGGGAUCGGCGAACACGGUACGGCUGUCAACGACAACACGCCGAGCGCAACAAUAGUUCAGAGCAACGGCACCGAAGACAGCGCUGAGAUCAUCGACAGUAUGGAAACUCGAGGUUCCAGCGGUGCCGAAGGCGCGAUGGAAGUGUGCGGCACCAACGGCAGUACUGAGAACACCACCGGCGACAUCCUCUCGGACACACCGGAGACCAGUCGCACUGCACAGACAGCCGCAGAAACACAAGACGCAAACGGUCCUCCAACUGUUCAAUCUACAGCUAUGGAGCUGCAAGCAGGCACCUCCACCCCAUGCGAUAGCGAAGAUGCUGCUGGAGGGCCCAGGUCACGGCCAAAGAGAAAGCGUGCUGGGACCCAGUCAGGAUCUUGCGGUCCGGAGGCGGCCAGCCCCUCGCGAGCUCAACACAACCUGCAGAAGGAAGCCAAGAAGCCAAAAUCAAGCCACAACACUCAGCAAGAAAGCGCACAGUCGGCUCAUCGACGCGGUGCUCGGUCUUCCACAUCAAAUGUCCGCGCACAUACAGCACAAAGCAUGGCGGAGCAGUUAUCGAAACACGGAUUACCAAAACCGAAGCCCAAGAAAGCGGGCCCUUCCAAGUACCUUCCUCGCGAAGAGAUUGCCAAGCUCUGCGAGAAAUGGGAGAUUCAGUUGUUUCAUGGAAUAAAAAGAGCAUGGUCCUCGUCCGAUCGCUUUCCACAAUGGCGCGACCACUCUCUCGAACUUUUCAGGUCUGCUACCUGGGGCCUUGAAAAAACGAAAGCCACCAGCGCGCAGUGCUCAGCCACUCUAUCAUACAUCACGUUCUUUCUUAUUGUCCUGUGCGGUGUAAUCCCAACGCAGGGCAGUAAUUCAGCCGAGGCACUCCGUGACCACCACUCCGAGUCUAACGACAGCACCGCACGAGGUGAUCACGAACUUAGCGCCAGCGGAAUGCAUUCGUUGCGAUCUCGGGCGUGCCUCGACGCGAUCACGAGGAUGGAAGUCGGGCCCUCAGCUGAUGUUGCUGCGCGCGACCUUCGGUGCACAUUCACAGCAAUUGGUGGCGCCCGAAACGAAGUCCGCAGCAUGAACAUCGUGGUUGAUAUGCUCUGCGCCAAGCUAGUGGCCGAGUUGCACGACAUUGAAGAGCAACUAAACUGCAUUCCGGCAUUUAAGCGACAAGCUCUGCAGCGAGUGGGCCGCAACAGCCAUGACAGAACCAAGAACAACGCGCUCGCGCAGGAGCUCUUGGGCAUGGACAAUGCGGUUCUCGCGAUGCUGAAAGACGCCAAGCCAGGGCAGAACACGCGCACAGAUAUCUCAUUGGCUUGGGCCAAGGAUUUCUCAGAUAUCUUGAAGCGCGGUGCCAUGUUUACCCGACUGACGACGGGGAUCGGCAAGUGGGCUGCCAUCUACCUGGCUGCAGAGCUUCCUACGGCAAUCUUGGUUCGAGCGGCGACCCCGAUACUGUUCCCUGCCAUGCACACUGUUGGGAAGUCCGAGCUUCCGGCCGAAUCUGUCAUCUUGCAUUAUCUCACUCAACAAUGCAAGAGACUCUACGAGGAAGAGUUUCCGGAAGAUGUCCGUAUUCAGUCUCAAAAAGUGGUCACCAUUAUCGAAACUAAGGCCAGGCACUUAUACCAGCGCGUGUCGCUGUCGAUUGAGUAG